GGACCACCCAAAAUUCGGGAUGGCCCAGAAAAAAAAUACCUGCGUGUUUGUGUCGGUUCGUUUUGUUUGGCGCAUCUUGUCUUUGUGGUUUUUAAGUAAAUAAACAAAUUGUGAUAAGUGAUAUUUUAUAAUAAUAUGAUGGGCGUCAAGAUAAUAAUCAUAAAUAAAUAGACUUUAUUUAAAAUGAUAGUCCAUUACCAUUACUACUGGGUUUGGAAAUAUGUCGCUUUUGCUGUUUUGGCGGCAAUUCUUCCAUUUGUUGCUCUGAUUGUACUGAAAAUAUUCCAGAAAUUUUCUUCCGGAAAAUGCAGGAGUAGAGUUUGUUUAAAGGGAAAGACUGCUAUUGUAACAGGAGGAAGCCAUGGCAUUGGUUACGAAACAGCUUUAUCACUGGCCUCCAGAGGAUGUCGUGUUAUAAUAGCUGACAAAUGUGACGGAGCCAAGGCGGUAAAUAAAAUAAUUGAAUACACAAACAAUGAGGAAGUUUUGACGAAGCAUCUGGAUUUGUCGUCAUUACAAUCUGUAAGAAAGUUUGCGAAAGAAAUCAACGAUACCGAAUCGAGACUGGACAUUUUGAUUAACAAUGCAGGAGUCGGAUUGGCAGGAAGUAAACAUACUGAUGAUGGGUUGCAGAAAACUAUGCAGGUUAAUCAUUUUGGACCGUUUCUGUUGACUCAUUUACUCACAGAUUUAUUGAAAAAAUCCGCACCUAGCCGAAUAAUUUUCGUCAGCUCAGCUCUUGCGUUUUGCUCGUACUUAUCCCUAGCCAAUCUGAAUCCGCCAAAAGAGCAGAAGUUGACUAUGAUUGGUUCGUCGUUUGUCUAUGGUAACUCGAAAUUGUGCAACAUAAUUACAGCGAAUGGUUUUGCCGAGAAACUGAAAGAUUCAGGAGUGACUUCAAAUUCCCUGCAUCCCGGUUUGGUUAUUACCCAUAUUUAUAAGAAGAGUGCCAAAAUUUUGGGGUGGCAAACUGUGGAGAAUAUUUUUAGGGCAACCAUUUUGUACUUCUAUGGGAAGAAUGUUGAAGAAGGCGCCCAAACCACAAUCCAUUUAGCAGUAUCGAACAAAAUGAAAGAAGUUACAGGAAAACAUUUCUGGGACUGCAGGGCUUUUCCCAUGCCCCCUGGAACCUGGAACCAACAAUUCUGCAACGAUAUCUGGGAAGAGUCAGAGAAAUUAGUCAAUUUGAAAGAAACCGAAAAAAUAUAAACUAUCCAAAUAUCUCUGUAAUGUGAUUUUUUU